AUGUUCAUUCGGGAAAUCACCCCAUCUCGCUCUUCCCUCAUCUGCCGCCUUUCCCUCGCACUCCUCGCUUUAGUUCGCUCACCAUUCCCUUGCCCCUUCUCACUCGCCUACACCCCCCUCUCCCUGCCUCACCACCUCCUCGCCCUCCUCCCUUUCUACCCCCCUUCUCCACCCCCCCGCCUUUUAUCCCUCCCUGACAGGCCUGCACAAGCCAAGGGAGAGCAGCGGCUGAGCAGCAAGCGACGGGGAGGGCCAAGGCGGGCAGCAGGGCAGCAGCACCAGGCCUCAUCAACGGUAGAGGUUGCAGUAUCGCCCCGCCACCACACCCCACAUGAGCCCCCUCCCCCUCAGGCGCUCUUCUCACUUGCAACGGCCGCUCCCUCCGCCUGCCAUGCACUCACUCUCUCUCCCCCCUCCUCUGCCUCGCAGGUCCAUUCUUUCAACCCCCCCUCGCCGCGCCCACUCUGCAUCAACGCACCCCCUCCGCCUGCACCACCACUGCUCCAACUUUCAGCUAAGUCACUCGCCUCCUUCAACCUUGCCUCGCAACAGCCGCUCUGGUGGCGAGUUCCCAGCACUCCCAGCAGCGCCUUUGGGUGGUGUGAGGCGCGUCAGUGGCGGCAGCACAGCAGCCUCAAGGCGCCACCGCCACUCACAGCCGCACCAGAUAAGUACACUCUUCCCUCUCGUCUUUUCAGUGCCUUGACUGUCUCACACUUGCACGCUCACAUCCAUUUUUCCGUCUUUCCAUCCAUGCUGCAUGCCUCCUCCCUUCACGCCAAUCCACCUGCAGCAGCCUAG